GGUCAGCGGCACCGAAUGCGCGCUGCGCCGUCGCCCAGCGCAGCCCUCGUAGGCGCCGUCACCGUCGUUUACCGUGUACCAGUUGGUGGUGAUUAGGCAAGGUCCGAGAAUCGCCGUGGAGCCGCGGGGAAUCCGCCGCGGGGAUUGGAUUCGGUUCCUGCCUUUGCUUGCUUUUUUACUGGACUUGCUUUUAUCAUAUGACCGGCAACAUGUUUCCUCAGUGAUAUCCAGGCAUGAUUUGGGUAUUGUUCAUAAUGCAGUUGGCUUCACAUGGCACCCGAGAUGACGAAGGAACACAGCUGGUGCCCCUUUGUGACCGGGAAACAGCAUCAGAUUCGCAGGAGAUAUUUUCACAAUCUGACACCGCAGGAAGCUCCACUGAGUAUCUGGCCUCAUGUGAAAUCAAGCCAUUGAUUGUUGAGGAUGAAAAUCACAAUAUCGAUGCGAAUGAAGAUACCCAUCUUGUCAUUCAAGACUUUCCACAAUGCCGGAUUUGCCUUGAUAAUGAAGGUGAUGACUUGAUUGCGCCAUGCAAUUGCAAGGGCACACAAAAGUAUGUCCAUAGGUCCUGUCUUGAUAACUGGAGAUCAACAAAGGAAGGUUUUGCUUUUUCACAUUGCACUGAGUGUCGGGCAGCAUUCUUACUUCGUGCAAAUGUUCCUCCAGAUCGAUGGUGGUUAAGGCUCAAGUUUCAACUUCUGGUUGCUAGAGAUCACACAUUGAUCUUUUUCAUUGUACAACUGGUUGUUGUUUUAUUGGGUAUGCUGGUAUACAGAUUUUAUGGAGAUGAGCUGCGAGAAAUGUUUGGCUAUGAACAGCAUCCUUACGCUUUUUAUGCAUUGGCAAUACUGGCUGUCAUUUUGGUUGGUUUGCUAUAUGGAUUCUUCAUAGCUAUAAUAUGUGGACAGAGGAUCACCGAACGGCACUACCAUGUUCUUGCAAAGCAAGAGUUAACCAAGGAGUAUAUUGUAGAGGAUCUCGAAGGAGCUGAUCCAGUGGCAGACCUUGAUCCUAGCCAUGUCACGGAGCUGAGGACGCUGGGGCUCUAUUGAGCAUGGCCGCAUAUAGCAUCAGGUAUACAGCAAUGAUGAAAUGGGGAAACCAGCCUAUUUCAGCAUAACUUGGAAGGCUGAUGUUGCAUGAAUAUUAUCACAGUUUCAUCACGAGGAAUGAAAAUGGGCCUUUAUGUGGCGCAUAUGUGUAUAUUUUCAAAAGGAAAACAGGUCGUUCCUUUCUAGCCACCAAAUAGAAUUCAUGUUUCUUUUUUGUUUCAUGUAGGGUAGUUUGCUCUCAAAAUAGGAGAAUAAGGUGAGUUGCCUCCCACACAUUCUCAACAGAGAGGUUGCAGAAAUGCUAGGAUGCUAUGCUGAAUGUACUUUUUUUGUUAGAUACAUUUCUUUCCUUUCCCCUUCCAGGUUCGUAAUAAAAUGUAACAUUUAAAGUUGGAAAUUUGUUCUCUAUUGUGCAUAUGUUGCAACUCUGUGCUUGGCUACGCUUCAUCCUUCGAUUAUUUUCAUCAAAUUUAUGAACCAAUUGAUAUCCCUGAAGGUUACACAAGUUUGUACGCCUAGCAUCCCUGCUCAGAAAAUGAACUAGAGGUUUAUGUCGUAUUGCUUGAACUGUCUGCACCAUCAUAAUUUGCAGUGCACAUGCUGCUCUUGUACUGGAGGAUCUUUUUAAUUGUUUCUUCCAUUUCUAAUUUUCUAUGAUUGCUAGUACCUUGGGACUUGUGACGUGCUACUGAAAUCAAGGACACGCACGGACGGCAGUAUGUGCCCUGCUGCUGAACUGUUAAU